AUGACUGCUCAGCAGCACCCCACCAACGGGGACGGACAGACGUCCCCCACCAUCCCGUCGGGACAGAUCUUGACGGGAAAGCAAGAACACUACUUGAAACGCGAACUCAUUGCCCGCCAGGUUCAGGGCGAAAUUGCAGAGCUGAACUCCCCGACCGCCCUCCGCCGCUUCGGUGCCCCCUUCAGGUCGGAAUUUGGCGAAGUCGCCCCCGUCGACUCGGAACUCCCGAUUCUUCGGUAUAUAUUCGUUCACCAUGUGCGGAAUUUUCCGUUUCUCGAUCAGGCGCGCGAAAAGGAAUUCUGGCAGGACAAACUGCAGGUGGUGCGUAUACCCUUCCUAGAGUCAUUCGCCAAGAAGAAUGUGUCGUCGUCGGAAGACCGUCUGGAGGAGACAAAGCGCCGGAAGUUGGCGCGGAAGUGUGAGAAGCUCGUCGAACUCAUGAUGGUGUCCGGUAUCCCCACAGCGUCGGGGUAUGAGGAGCGGAUACAGUUCUCGGAAAUGGAGGUGGUUGAUCGCGGAGCGAAUGAGAAGGGCCUGUUGGUCAAUAUGCCGGAAGGGGACGCCAUUCAUGGGUGGGAUGUCAACGUCGCAGGAGUACGAGUGGUCUCCAAACGUCGCACCGUGAGACACCAUCAACAUGCGGAGUUCAUACUUCGGGUGCGAAGCGAGGGUAAGCCCGAUAUCUUCGUGUCUCGACGCUACGGGGACUUCUCAAAACUCCACAAGAGACUGCGCACCGAAUUCCCUGGCAAACCGCUGCCUCCCCUUCCGCGAAAGAACAAGACGUCGACUUCAUCCGGCUGGUUCAGCUCCGUUGAUGACGAGACGUCGUCUAUCUCGUCGGUGUCCACGCAGAGCACCCCUGAGGAGGCGCAAUCAAAUCAGAACUUGGCCCCCGGAGAUCACCGGGUCCACCGUUCCCUGUCCCGCUCCUCAAUGCGCUCCUCGUUUGGAAUGUCCUCCAAUAAAUCCCCACGCACGUCGGGGGAGAUUCGGCAGGAUACGGUCCUCUUCAGGGAAGAACAGCGGGUUUCGCUCCGCGCUUUUCUACGGACUCUGCUCCAGCAUAAGCGUGUCGCGGAGUCGAAAUCAGUGGAGGAGUUCUUGACCGCACAGCCGACAACCUUGAGUGACGAAGAGAUCGCUGAUAUGGAGCGGAGGAAAGAGGCAGAUGGGGUCAGAAUCACUGAGCAGAAGCGAUUCUACGAGAUUGCCCGGCAGCGUGCGGCCGAGUUGGAUGUCUAUAUGGAGAAUUUCCGCCGGGACAUUGUGGAGAGCAAUGGCUUGACGAAAUUGUUCGCAGAGAUCAAGGAGAAGCAGACGGUGGAAGAUCUGAGCCCUCAGUAUCAAAAGUUCGCAGAAUGGCUUCGGAUUGAGAUCGCGGCAACGCUCUACCACCUGUUCCUAGCCGAGGAUAACUCCCCGGAGCUGUUUGCCCAGUUCAAGAGAAUCCAUUCCUUGGUUCCGUAUACGUUGAUGAAGAACGUCAUUCGAAUCGCCAACCCGGCCGCUGUGAUGUCGGGCGUUCUGGACCUCUUCCUUGCUCAGCCCUUUGGGUCACGGUCUCUCCUGCAGCGGAUUUUCUCGAUGACGUUGAAUGAUGGCAUCAAGGCCUUCCAGAAAACGAUUGAUACGCUGGCCGAGAAAGUGGAAGAUCCUGUAGUGUGCCAGAAGAUGAAAGCAUUUAUCGAUGCCGAUGACGAGCUCAAGGAUGCUAUCCGCGCGGAAGCUGUUGCGGACGACGUGGACGUGAUCGUGGCAAUCCUCCGUUCCGAUCUUCUUCCUCAGGAACUCACUAGCGAGCAAUUUGGCAAGGUCUUCAAUGCCUACGUUGCUUGGAACUUUGCUGUCGACAACGUGGAUGUUGAAAUGCAGGAAGGCGCCCAUUGGUUUGCACAGUUGAAGCAGCUCCUCAAGCUCUACACCCGUCAGCGAGACAAGGCUAUGAUGCUCAGCAUUGUGGAAGAGCCUGUCACCCUCCAGCUCUUCCGCGACCUCUUCACCAUCUUCUACGAGCCCCUGGUCCGAGUGUACAAGUCCGCCAAUGUCUACAGCAGCAUCACCGAUUUCGCACAUUUCGCCGACGACGCCAUCGGUGUGAUCGAGAAAUGUCAACGGCAGGACGUGUCGGCCGACCCCAAUCAAACGGUGCAGGCCUUUAUUGACCUCUGCGAACGUCACCAGGCUAGUUUCUACAAGUUUGUGCACGAGGUGCAUCUGCAUGAUAACGGCUUGUUCGGGGCGCUCAUGGGAUGGGUUGAGGAUAUCUUAGAGUUCCUGCGUCAGGGUCCCAAGGGAGGAAGGCUUGACAUGAACGCUUUGAUUCAUGGGGCCAGGGACGCAGGGGAGGUGGACGAGCACAAGGCACUAGAGGAGAUCAACGCGUUGAUCCAGUGGCACGAGGAUCGCAAGCGGUGGCACCUAAACAAGACCCGUCAGAAGAUGGCCGCCGAUGGAACCGGUAAUGAGGCCUUGCCUAGUUUCAAGAGUAGUGAUUUCGGCCUGGAUGAAGCCGACCUCGAAGAUCUCGCCAUCUCGGACGACGCAGCAUCCCAAUCGUCGGAUUCCCUUGAAGAGGAGGAUGACCUGGAUCCGAUUACCGCCGAGCGCCGACGUCGGGUCAAGCAGCAGGACCAGCUGCGUCGGUCCGCCGGGGAACCGGUUAAACCCGAAAUUAAGGAAAUCCUCAAACUCAGAGAGCCGUUUACUAUGAUCGUCACUGAAGACACUGGAUGUUGCGAACAUGCUUUCUCCUCAGAAACAUACCAGGGGAGCGCCUUCUCCACGCUCGUCCGUUCCCCUGCGGGGCCUGUUAGACCAGGACGGAGUCUGGCACUGCAACUGUCAGCCGAAGCGGAUGCCCGCCGUCAAGCGACAGACAAAGAACCAUGGCUUUACGCCUGCCAGAUGCCCCAAUCAAAGCAGUGCAACUUCUUCCUGUGGGAAAGCGACGCCGAAGCCCGCGAGAAACACGCCGUACUGUCCAAUUCUUUCUCCGAGAGCGCAGCAGCAGCGAGACCUCCACCUUCUACUCCCAAAACACCUUCUCAGACCUACUUUGGCGCGUCCGGAGUCUACGGCGGCCUCCUCACCCCGCAGACCGACCGCCCGCGCUACAACCACGCCUCUCCGCUAGUCGGCGCGCGCAUGGAGACGCCCUCCAAGAGCGCCAAAGCGCGCAUGAUGUCGGAGGACACCGACGAUGAAUGGGUCAACGACGCCGCAGAAGUUCUGGGGAGCUGGAUGGACAAGUCUGCGCCGCCACGCCAGCCGGACUUCAAGGCGCCAGCUACUACGCCUCAGCUAAGCCCGCGCAAGACGCCCCGCAUGGACACUAUCACUACUCCCGGAAAGCGCAAAGGGGACGAUAUAGACGACGCCGAUCCACCUAGUAGCAUCGCCACUAGUGUGGCCCCGCAGAGCCCCUGGUCGUUUUCCUCCUCCUUCGGGGAUCGUACCGGGCGGAUGGCUGCGCCGCCGCCGGCGUCGGCAGAGGUGUGCUUGACUCCUACGCCAAGUAAGUACCGCAAUGUGCUAGCAACGAACAGCGAUCCGCGCGCGGACCCGAGCGAUCUGGCGCUGCGGGUGCUAAAGAUCUUGGAUUUACACGAUGCGGUAGUUCCGCGUAAGGCUGAAGAGGAGGUUGUGGACGUGCUCAACCGGUUUGAGCUGAAGAUGAAAGGGAUUAGUCGUGGGCGAGAGAUCUCUCGCAUCGCGCUGAAGCAGAAGGAUGAUCAGAUUGCGAGGCUGAAUGAUAGGAUUGAGGCACUCGAAUACAAAUCCUCCCACCAACCACCGUUCAUGGAAUCUCCAACCACCACCUCCCAACCGGACAACCACCUGCCCCCGAUGUUCCGACCACCCAUAAACCGCGCGAUGCGGGCCCUGGACCGGUCGUUCUUCCAGAAGACAGUGCCGCUGUCGGCGGCGACGGUGUUUCGCAGUACGGAUAUCUCUAAGGCGCGGGGCGAGUUGCAGAAAAAUCGGGAUCUGUUGGCUAUGCCGCGGUUGAGUAGUAUCCGUGAGGUGCGGGGUGAGGAUGAUGUGGUGCGCAAGUGUCUACUGUUGAGGGAGGGGGUGAAAUAUGAUGAUGCUACAACGUGGUCGUCGAAGAUCAAGGAGCUGGUAGAGAAGGAGGUUAUCAAGGUACAAGGGUACGAUUUGAAGUUGGAAUAUGAUUACUGGAAUUACGCCGAUAUCAUCGCGUGCAUCCUACCCGAAGAUCUCCUCGUUGAGAUCCCGCAAGGCUUCACACAAGUCGGCCACGUCCUGCACAUCAACCUCCGCGAACAAUUCGUCCCCUACCGAUUCAUGAUCGCCGAGAUCCUCAAAGACAAGAACCCGACCAUCCGGACGGUAAUUCGCAAGACGGAAGACGUCGGCGCGCACAGCGAGUUCCGCACCUUUCCCUUCGAGCACCUCGCCGGCGACAAGGACAUGAACGUCAUCCAGCACGAACAGAACUGCGAGUUCCGCUUCGACUACUCGCGCGUCUACUGGAACAGCCGGCUCGAGACGGAGCACCGCCGGCUCGUGGACAAGUUCCGCCCCGGCGAGAUCGUCUGCGAUGUGAUGGCUGGCGUGGGCCCGUUUGCCGUCCCGGCUGGCAAGAAGAAGAUCUUCGUGUGGGCCAACGACCUCAACCCGCACGGCUGGGAGGUCAUGCAGGAUGCUGUGAAGCGGAACAAGGUCGACCAGUUCGUCACGCCGUUCAACAAGGACGGACGGGCGUUCAUCUCCUGGGCGGCCAAGACGCUGCUCGAGUCCGACCCGGUGACGGUCACCAUCCAGCCGCGACAGCGCAGGGAGAAGAAGGGCGCCAAAGUCGCCAAGCAACAGGAACAGGAACAGCAGCAACAACCAGCACAACCCGCUGAAGUCUUCAACCGCCCAACCGUCUUCGACCACUACGUGAUGAACCUGCCCGCCACAGCAAUCGAAUUCCUCGACGCCUUCCCGGGCAUCUACGCGGGCAAGGAAUCUCUAUUCGCGCCGCACACCGAGCAGCGUCUCCCCAUGGUCCACGUGUACUGCUUCUCGGGGCACUCGGAGGACGAGCGCGUCGACCACGUCGACAUCUGUCAGCGGGUGUCGGAGCGCAUCGGGUACACGAUCACGCCGGACGACUGCGUGGGUGGUAGCGGCAACCCUGAGAUCGAGCUGUCGAUCCACAAUGUGCGGCUGGUCAGUCCCAAUAAGCAGAUGUUUUGCGCGAGCUUCAGACUGCCGCGGGAGCCAUCACAUCACAUCAACGUCUCCACCACCAUACCUCCCUUCAAGUGCGCAACCCACUACAGUCAAUCAGAAAGAAAGAAAGAAACCAAAAUGAGCGUCCAACUCCCCCCCGCGACCCACCGCAAGCGCGCCCUCCCGCAAGGCGAACUCGAAGCCGCCUCGACGCUGAAGUUGGGGGCGGACCAGCACACGCACACGCUGUCGCUGUCGGAGGCGCGGCUGGUUAUCAAUAAGGUGUUGGAGAAUAAGAGACGGGGGGGGAAGAAGUAUGAGGAGCCUGAAAACCUUACCAAAACACUAGACUACCUCGAGGUAUUUGCGCGGUUCAAGGACGAGGAGAACAUCAAGGCUGUGGAGAGACUGUUGAAUUCGCAUACGGAGUUGGAGAUGUUUGAGAGGUCGCAGCUUGGUAUUUCCCUUCCCCCCCUUCUUGAUCAUAACAUGACAUAUAUCAUGAUUGAUAUAAUAAUGAUGAUGAGGAUAAUGUACUAA